GAUCAUUUUAUUUCAAAUUUCCCAGCCCCCUCUCGCCGGAAACUCGGCCCCCUCACCUUCUCCCUAGAUUUUCCGGCCAUAACUUCCUAUCCCGACCUCCAAAUCACAAAUUGCGAGCGCCCCCACGCUCCUGGCGUCGAGGAGCACAUUCCCCAAAGAUUUGGGCUGGUUUGGCUGAGGUUGGGUCGCCGACGGUGAGUUUUCCGGCGAGUCUCCGGUGUGUUUUCCGACGACUUUGGGUGCUUCUUUCCACUUGCUUCACCUCUCUCGUGGUCUCUUCUUACGUCUCCAGGUGUGUUCUCCUUGUCUUUCCCUAUAUUUAUGGAGAAUCGAUACCUAGAGUUAGGUGAAGAACUUCUGAUUGUGGAAUGAAUGGUUUGGGAAUAUUUUGGGUUUGGGGGAUGAUUGGGAUGAUUGCAUGUUGCAUUGUAUGCGGGCUAGUAUGGUUUUUUGUGUGGUGGAUCGAUUGGUGCUUAUUUCAUACGGGUUUGGGUAUGCUUGUUUCACCGGGGGCCUAGUCCACUGUCCGAAUCGCUCGAUUUGAGGGUCCCCGGUGUAUUUUGCUGUGUCAAUCUCGUAUGAUGGGUAUGCUUGUUUCGCCGGGAGUCUAGUCCACUGUCCAUAUCUUUCGAUAUGAGGGACCCGAAUGCGGUCCACUACCCGUUCGUGCAGUCCUCAGGGUUUGAGGAUGAGUACCCUCCACCCACCGGCGAUGGUGGUGAUGCCUUCUAGAGCGGGUUUUGUGCUUUAUUUGUUUUCCACACUGAGACUCCGUGUUUUAUGGUUUUGUUUUGUUUUGUUUUGUUUUGUUUUAUCUUGGAUUGUAGACUUGGUACUCUGAUUUCCAUCACCCAGUGUGUGUGUUUUUGUUGUCUCUAGCUCUGUGCCCCCUUCUUUUAACUGGUCCGCCUUCCAGUCCACGUUCCUGACCACUGUUUCACGGUAACAUCGUUCCCCUUCCCUCUGCUCCAUUGAGGACAUUGUCGCGUUUAAGUGUGGGGGGGUCCUUUGUAUGAAUUGGAACGUAUAUAUGUGUGCUUGGAGCCUAGUCCACUGUCCAAAUCUUGAGAUUUGAGGGCUCCAAGCGCGACUGUUUGCUUGAUGAUUGAUCGUAUUGGCACUAUGGAUGUGAUUAGUGAAUUGAAUGGCUUUUGACUUGAUACAUGACAACUUGAGUGUGACUUAGACAACUUAUUGUGAUGACUGAGAUGUGCAGUAGAAUUGUGUAGGGGUUCAGUUUUUUCAACUGUCUGCUCACCAAAUGUGACUUGGUUUGAUCACUUGCUUUUGACAGUCAUUUAUGCAUCUAGUUCAGGGAAUCAGAACGAGAGAUAGAGCAUAUAGGUAGCCAUGUGAGAUUUGAGCCUGCUCGUUUCUUUCUUGUGCGAUAGUUUCCUCUUCCAUGAUGUGCAGCAUUCACGUUGUAUUAGCUAAGAUGAUGGAGGCAUAGGAUUAGCCCACGACCAAAUUGACUGUCCUGGUGUGUCAUACCCCUAGUCAGCCCCUUUGAGCCGUGUGUUUUCUUUCUUUCGGUCUUCAAUGAAAAGUCACCCUUUUGCAUCUUUUAGAAGGUUCCACAUAGUGAUUCUUACAUGUUCUCUGCUGUUUCUGCUAAAUGUAAUGUGAGGGUUGGAGGUAGUGCUUAAAAGUUGGGCAGGUGUUUGAAGUUGUGCAGAGGUGGUGGUUCUCUUAAGAAAUGAAAAAUAAUGAAAGAAAAUCAAAGGAAAAAAAGAAAGCAAAAGAGGGCCACCACCAAAAAUUUGAAAUAGUGUUUCUUAGCAGUCUGGCUUAGAAAUACUAGCAUUUAUGUAACCUCCUUCGCUCUUGUGCUCUGAACUUGAGUAAUGCAGAAUAGCAGAAAGAAAGUUAUUGGUUUGAUUGAUUGUGAGUCUGUUGGGUUUGGAAAUGUGGAACCUUGUGUUGUAUGAAUACUUCCACCACCUAAAAGGCCUUUUCCCCAUGUCCAAGACCCUAUCCAGUCAUCUGAACCUGUGUCUAAGACCUCCGGAUUAGUUAGUGAUGACACCCCAUAUGUGAACUCUAGCACUUAUAGGCUGCAUUCAUGAUGAAGAGAUGUUAGGGAUUGAGAGAUCAAGCAUGCGCAUUUUUCGCAUCAUAUUGUCCUGACCCCACUGGUCGAGAGUGAGCGAUUCAUUUUCUCUUAUUCUCUAUACUCUUUAUCCCGGUGAGGACCUAGAUUGCUCGGUCUUAAUUCUGAUAUCUUGAACUUUGUGCAUGACGUGACUGUUUUGAACAAGUGGUUGAGUCAAGUCUAUGUUGGUGGGUGAACAGAAGGGAGACUAUUCCUUUGCUCGAUUUUACUGCAUUUGAAUGUCAUCUGUGGUGGUUGUCUAGGUUGUCAUUGAAGUUGUCCAUGUGUUACUGAUCGAAAGCCAGUAUGAUCCACGUGUUUUGUGCGGAUAUGUCAUGCCUUGUUGUUUUGAGCUUACCUUGUGUCUGACUUGGUUUGCUUGGGGACAAGCAAACGGUUAAGUGUGGGGGAAUUUGAUAACAAUGUAAUUGCACGUAUUUGUGCCCCUAGUUCUUAUCUGUUUGAGGGGCAUAGUCGUGUAUUUUUGGCCUAUUUUACGCCGGGUUGUGCUAUUUUGUCAUAUUUCAGGUCCCAAGCGUCAAAGGAAAGGCUAAGAACGAGUUUCGAGGCAUUCGGAAGUCAUUUCGUCGAGCUGGAGCCAAAACAUGGGCACACCUAAAACAGAACACGGCAGUGUUCUGUGGCCGUGCUUUUACUGCCGAGAGCAAAUUCGAGUUUGGCAAACAUUGGCUAAAAACACGGGCAGGGCUUAGACAAAGCACUGCCGUGGCCACCAAAGCACGGCCGUGUCCAUCAUCAAACACGCCCGUGUUUCUCCCAAUGCACUGGCCGUGUAAUUAACCCUAGCCAAAGCACGGGCGGGCUGAGGCAUUACACGGCCGUGCCCUCGACCGUGCUUUGGCAACUGAUGCCCUUUUAAGCAUAUUUUCAGCCAAAGAGAAGGGGAUUCGAGUUUUGAGAGAGAUAGAAUGAUUCCUAGAGAGAGAAAGCGACGAACAAGAGUCUCCAAGUGCCCUAGCUUGAUCUUCAUCACCAUUGGAGGCCAGUUUGAGCUUGGAAAAGUGUCGAUCAACGUCCAGAAGCAGGAAUCCAUCCUUCACAGUAUGAAUUCCGCGUCUGAUUCUGCUUUUGCUUCUUUCUCCAUGGAGUAGUUCUCCCAUUCAUCUGGGUAUGGAGAACCCUAGAUUUGUAUGUUAGGCUUUGAUUGUAUGAACCCAAGUACUGAUUCUAUGAUUUGAUUAUAUUCGAUUGAGGUUUGAAUGAUUGAAUGACUUGAAUCCUGAUCAAAUUCCUGUUGUUUCUGCUUUAACCUAGAAUGAGAAUAUAUGCCUAGGUUGAUAGAGCAUCCUUGAUUGAAGGUAGGGAGUUGGUGACUUUAGUCGAGGAGCCAACUCACUAUUCUGUACCGGAUUUACUCCGGUAGUGGAGGUUUUGUUUGUUAAGGCCUCAAUCUGUUUACUCCGGUGGAGGUUAGUCGCCCGCUAGAGAUUCAGAUUGAGAGGGUCUGAAGACCUUUAGUCGAGACUUCAGGCUGUUUCAGAACCUUCCGCAGUAUAACUAUCAUAGAAACUGAACUUGGUAAUUACAAUCCGGCUUAACUGCAGUCUAGGGGGAACCAUAUCCGGGUGACCUCUCUUAACCUGAAUACAACUGUUUACUUACUUUGUUAGUUUGUUAGUUAAGAUUUGCAUUAAAGUUUCAUUGCUAGAUAACAAGAAUUCACUGAGUAGUCAUCAAAUCUAGGACCCGGGUUGACAUGUAAACCCAAACCCGCUAUACUACGCUUUAGGAAGUGGUUCCACUUGGCCAAUUCUUGGAGUGACAUUAGAAGUGAGUCAAUCAUCCUCAAACAUAUGGGCAGAGUGAACGAACCAUCCUUACCUUGGAGGAGUUACUGCGAUCAUGUGUAAUGCAAUGGGAAGAAUCAUGGAUUGACCAUUUGCCCCUGAUUGAGUUUGCUUACAACAAUCAGUACCAUAGUAGUUUGGGUGUUCCAUCAUAUGAAGUACUUUAUGGGAGGAAUUGCAGGACACCAUUAUGUUGGGAUGUAGAAGGAGUAAGGAAAAUCUCAGGGCCAGAGAUAGUUUAGAUCAAAGUUGAUAAGGUCCAGGAAAUAAGGGAGCGUUUAAGGGUGGCUCAAGAUCGACAAAAAGUUUAUGUUGACACGAUUAGGCGUGAAGUUAAUUUCGAAGUGGGUGAGAAAGUAUUUCUCAAAGUGUCACCCUGGAAAGGCGUGAUGAGAUUUGGUAAGAAAGGAAAGCUUGCACCUCGGUAUAUUGGACCCUAUGAAAUCACAGAGAAGAUUGGACCAGUGGCAUAUAAACUAGCAUUGCCUCCAGAGCUAUCCCAAAUCCACAAUGUAUUUCAUGUUAGUAUGCUGAAGAGGUACAAAGUGGAUCCUUCCCAUGUUAUACAACCAGAAGAAAUCGAAUUGGGUCCAGAUUUGACUUUUGAGGAGGUUCCAGUUGAGAUUGUUGAUUUUCAGAUUAAGACUCUUCGUAGGAAGGAAAUUCCAUUGUUGAAGGUUGUGUGGAGGAAUCAAGAAAGUGAGAGUGCUACCUGGGAAACUGAAGCAAGUAUGCGAGAGAAGUACCCUGAGUUGAUAGCGACCUACUUUAAAGGUUAACAAUCUUGCCUAGUAAGUUAUGUUUUGAACUUGUUGAUGUGCUUUUGUUGUAAUAGCCCAGUAUAGGUUUUUGAAACCUAAACAUGGGAACUUGAGUUGUUAUGUGUUACUUUCUAUGUUGUGAAUCACCUAACCUAAGAGUUAGGUAAUGGUUUAUCUACGAUAGACCAUGUCAAGGGUAAGUAACAGGAGUUAGAGUACGACUCAAGGUUAGAUUUUGGGGACGAAAUCUUUUAAGGAGGGGAGAAUUGUAAUAUCCCGUUCCGGCAAAACCCAUAUUUUCGAUCGUUAGAAAGUUCGCGAUUUAAAAUCGAGCGUUUUGAUAGUAUUUCGACGAAAAUUGGAUUAUCUAUCGAUCGAAUAAGUAUAUAUAUAUAUAUAUUAUAUAUCCCGUGUCCAUUUAAAUCCCAUCUUCAUCUUCUUUUCACUUUCCACCGAGGGGAAACGGAAACAGAGCGAGCCGAGCAGAGCAAACAGGGGAGCUCGGGGAGAAAUUCCAAAGCUCAAAUUCUUGAGCCCUAGUGAUCCAAAAAUCCCUUAAGUAAUGCCUAAUUCAUCUAUUCAUCGUGAUUUAUCGAUUAGAGCUUUAAAACGAGUUUUUGGUUCAGGAAUUUCUUGAAUUCUCGAUGAGCCAAAUUAGGGUUUUGGAGUAUCCGGAAGCCGGAUUGAGCCCAAAUUUCAUAUACGAGCUUCCUGCAGCUAGGUAAUCAAUCCUCUAGUUCUAAUCCCUGAAUUUCGGCAAUUAUUUAGGUCGGGGUCCAAAUCACUGAAUUUAGCUCCGACGAGGGUUUGAUGUGUUCCUAUCGAGAAUUUGAUCCGGAGCCUAGAACUAAUAUUGACGGGGAUACUGCAGGGGAUAUUAGGACGGUCUCGGAUUUUAAUUCGGCGUUCGUUCGUGAAAUUGACGUUUUAGUACGGGAGGCUAGAUCCGGUGUUUGAAUGACCAGAACUGGUGAGGGAUUAGUACCGGGUUUGUCGUAUCACGAUAAUUAUAUUGAUGCUUAGAAUUGACCUAGGUGAAUUAGAAUGGCAUGAUUAGGGGUGUAUGGACUUUUAUGCUAUAUGAUGAACCAUGGAUUGUUGUAUGAUAUUAUUGACUUGCCCUAGCCGAUAUGGACCUUGUUUAUGUUGAUGAUUGCAUACAUGUUGCAAUUUGUGGGCUUGACUGUUGAUAUGCCAUAUGAUGGUUCGAAAAGGUGAUUGGGUAUGAUAUUUCAUGAUUAUUGUAUUUGGAUGCACAUGUGGGAAAAUAUAUAUUCCAUGGUGAUAUUAUGACGUUUGAGGAGGGUGACUGGCACGAGGGUUUAUCCCGAGGAAGUGCAAUUAUACGACUCCUGAUUUACCUAUGUUGAGUCAAUUGUGGCCAGGUCAAGUACAUGUGCAAGUAGCGAAUUAUGAUUAAGCAAGAUGAGAUAUGGAUCAUGGAUAAGGAUACCAAGUAAGAGUACUUUGGUCUCAUGGUCAAUUACAUAGUAAUUAGGGCUCCCCAUGCUAUUACUCCGUUAUGAUAUGUUAUGUCACACCCCUGAUGUGGUGUUGACCGUUGAUUCAUCAUGAGAUAUGACCACACCCAGAGUGGUGUUGAGUCCGAUAUGACCACACCCAGAGUGGUGUUGAGUCCGAUAUGACCACACCCAGCGUGGUGUCAGGUCCGAUAUGACUACACCGGCAGUGGUGGGUCUGAUAUGACCACAUCCACGAGAUGUUUGGUCCGUAUUCCCGGGAGAGUAAUUAGCAUGGGAGUAGCCAGACGCCUAUGAUUAAAACAUGAUAAGAUGC